AAUGACGUAACGAAGUUGCCUUAAUUAAAAGGAGUAACACGGUUAAUGUCAUAGUUCAAUUGGAUAAAUGAAUACUUUAUUUCAUGUUAUUUAUAAUCGUUAAAUAUGGCAUGAUUUAAUACAGUUUGUUUUACAUCUUGGGCCGAUAUGCGUAUGUGUUUCUUGUGCCUAGGAACUAAUGUUUGUUCAUGUGCUGGUACUGCGUGUUUUGCUGUUACACUGUACAACUCCAUGUGGGUUGACGUCUUUUUGAAGCUCUGCUGAGGUCUGUGAUAAAGUUUAGUGUGACGGGAGGUCUGUGACGAAGUUAUGCAGAAAAGGAACUAAAUUAAUCUCCUUUCACGACAAGCGGCCAACGAGUUCUCACGGCGUAACGGAAGAGGGAAGGCUACAGGAUGAAAACUCCCAAGAAAUAAACGCCCGUUUUAAAGAACCGACCUGUGUCUGUGUCGUGAAAAGAGCUACAGUGAGAACUCGCCUGCUCAGCGCGGGUGGGAAAGACAACGAGACUGGAGCGAGAGACGACGCUGCGUUCAAGGACCAUCCAGCACAUCAGAGAAGCAACGCCAGCGGUGCACUGUCGGCAUGACGACCGCAAGCUACGGUGAUUAGACUGUGUGAAAGUCGCAACAUUUCAGGAUAAAGUCAGGAAGUGCUCUACCACAUCCUUCAAGUUAAAGGUGGUGUGAGAAGUGGUUAAUCUGGAAAUUGCAAAUAAGGACUCAGGUCUAUCAUCUAUGCUAAGCCUAUGCUGGUGAUGAAGCUAAUGUGUUGGUGUUCAUGAAUGGUACAUGUCAAAGGGUUUAAAGACGACAAUUAAUCAUAUAAGAAAGUAAAGAAAUUAUAAGUUAAUAUUAAAGAAAGAAUAUAUUAUUUAUAAGUUCAAGUUAAAAAAGAAGAACGUUUUCACAUUUUAUGAAAGGUAUUACACUUAAAGGACAAUUUACUUGAGCUUUAAAGGGUCAUUCCACUGACAAAAACAUUUUCUUUGUAAAGUACAAGUGAUGUAAUGCCUUUCUAAGCAUAUUUCACUACAUUUAAGGUUUAUUAGUAACAAGCUAAAUCUUAUUCUUAUUCUUGUUAUUGUUAUUUUGUUGUAAAGCUGAGGUCAAGUUAAACUUGUUAAUGAGUGCAUACAUUUGAUAACCUCACUGAUUACUUAUGUAUACAUUCAGAGAUCCAAUUCAAGCUUAGUAGUUACACAUGCUCUAUUACAGUCGGUUAUAAGUUAUUAAGUCAUCUCAAAAUGUCAGAAGCAGGGACCUGCCACAAAAAUGCCAAAUCAUCUGCUCAACUUGAAACAACAGAAACAGAGUUGGCAGAAGAAGUGGAAGAGCUACGAAGAAGUGAAAGAAAUCGAACACUAACAGAAAAAGGAAAAGAACUCCAAGCUGAAAAGUUGAAAAGUGUACAACGUCACUACAGAAUCGUCUAUGAGAAAUGGAGGUACCAUGUGAGAAUAGGCAAAGAAAUACUGAAUGAUGACGCCUCCAAGGAUGAAUUGAGAGAGCUUAUUGCAAAUAUAAAAAGCUCUUGCUCAGAUGUAAAAGCCUUGUAUGAAGAGUUACGUCUCAUACAUACUCCUGAACCGAACCUGCGACGCAGAGUUGAUACAUGCAUAUCACUCUCAGGAUUCAUUAUUCGAAAGGCAGAGAGACAGCUUGAAGAGAAUACAGCAGACUUAAAGGAAGAAUCUUGGCCCGAUGUUGGAUCUGUUCUAAACUCAACUGACUCUUCAUUAUCUCCACUGUCUUGUCGAUCAAAGUGUAGCUCCGCUCAUUCUAGUCUUCUCAAAAGAUUUGAAGCUGCAGCUGAAGCCGCUGCAUCUCAGGAAGUCCUAGCAGUUUUAGGUGAACAAGAAAAGGAAGCAACAGAACUUCAAAGGCUGGAGACUGAAGAUAAAAAACAGAUGGCACAAUUUGAGUUCGAAAGGCAAGCCAGACUUCAGGCAAUGCAAGAAAAGCGCAGUAAGCUUGAACGCCUAGAAGAGGUUAAAAAGCUGAAAGCCGCAAGAGCUCGAGUCAAGGUGUACAAUCGAAUGGAAGAAAAUUAUGAAGCAAUCGACUCACUGUAUGAUGUUGAACCAGCUAGAGAAACCCAAGCUCUGUACUCCACAACUCCACCAUUCGUUUAUCAGUCUCAGCCAGUAACAGCACAAGUCAUCAAUGCUUCAAGUCCUCCGUUCAUACCUCAACCUCUACAACCUGCAAGUCAAGCUUAUAGUCUCCACAGUCCACAGCAAGUACCACAAGCUCUACCAACCUCAAUGCCCUUAGCUCAGAUGCAGAAUAGUGCUGACUUGGUUAAAAUACUAGCAGAAGCAAUAAGUGCAAAUCACCUUCCAACACCAGAGCCUGCAUUAUUCACAGGAGAUCCUUUGAAAUUCAAAGACUGGCAACUAUCCUUUGAAACUUUAAUAGACAGGAAAAACAUUCCAAAGAAUGAAAAACUGUAUUACCUUAGAAAGUACAUAGGAGGUGCUGUAAAGAAAGCAGUAGAAGGAUUCUUCCUGUUAGGCACCGAAGCAGCAUAUGACUCUGCCUGGCAGCUGUUAGAAAAAUGUUUUGGAGACCCAUUUAUUAUUGGGAAGUCCUUCAGAGACAAGCUACAUGGAUGGCCAAAGAUAAGCUCUAAAGAUGGCAGCGAACUAAGAGAAUUUGCAGACUUCCUUAAGAGCUGUGAGGCUGCAAUGCCCCACAUUAAGACAUUAGAAGUACUGAAUGACUGCAACGAGAGUCAACAAAUAUUGAUGAAACUGCCAGAUUGGUUGGUAUCCGGCUGGAACCGAAAAGCAAUGGAGGCCAGACAUGCAAAUGGUGGUUACCCACCAUUCAAAGUGUUUGUAGAUUUCAUAUCAAAGGAAGCAGAUCUCGCAUGUGAUCCCAUAUCCUCGAUACAAGCUAUCAGGAGUGUCGAAAGUGAAAAAACAAAGAAUCCAAUAAGCCAAACUAUUCAAGCAAAGACACUGUCCACAAACACAACACAAAGUAGCAUCCCAACAUGCAUCUUCUGCAAAGGAACAGGACACGUCCUCCCAAAGUGUAGAAAGUUUGUAGAAAAGACAGUUGAAGAUCGCAUCAAGUUUGUGUAUGCAGAAAGGCUAUGCUUUGGAUGUUUGAAUACUGGUCAUCAGUCAAAGGCGUGCAAUGACAAAAGCACAUGUGAAAAGUGUCAGAGGAGACAUCCAACGUGUUUGCAUGACGACAAGUUCAAAGGCAAAAUGUCAACAACCUUUAAUGGAGACGACAUCUCAAAGGACAAAACAGACACCAAAGAAAUCGCUGCAACCACCAACAGAGUCAUACAAGAAGGCCCAAGCACACAAACGUCCGCAAUCAUACCAGUCUGGGUCUCAUCCACAAAACAGCCAGAACAAGAAGUUCUUGUCUACGCACUCUUGGACACACAGAGUGACACGACUUUCAUUCUAGAUGAAGUGGCCCAAAAUCUUGACACAAACAAAGAAAAUGUUCGUUUGCGGCUAUCUACAAUGUCAACAAAGUCAACAGUCAUACCCUGUCAGAAACUGACAGAACUUCAAGUGAGGGGAUACGACCUGGAAAAAAUGAUUCCUUUGCCACCUCUUUUCACAAGAGAGUUCAUUCCAGUUGACAGGUCACACAUUCCUACCUCAGAGACAGCUCUAAAAUGGCCACAUUUGGAACAGUUGGCAGACAAGAUUCCACCACCAUUGGAUUGCGAAGUAGGUCUUUUAAUCGGAUAUAACUGUCAGCAAGCCCUUCUUCCAAGAGAGAUCCUAUCCGGUAAAGACAAUUAUCCAUAUGCACAGCGGACGGAUCUUGGCUGGAGUAUCGUCGGUUGCUCGAAUCCAGCAAAGGAUUACUGUGACACAAUAGGAACUAGUCACAGAAUCGUAGUGCGACAAGUAACACCUGCUGUCCAGCCAGCAAUUCAGCUGAAGAGAGAAGUACACUUUGAGUUGUCGUCAGCUGUGACUUCAGUACGCAAUGGUGAUGUCAUCAAACGCGAGCUGGAGAUUGAAAACCUGCAAGAAUAUUACUGGACUGACUCAAAGGUAGUCCUUGGUUACUUGAACAACGAUGCCAAGAGUUUCCACACGUUUGUUGCCAACCGUAUCCAGCGCAUAAGAUCUAGCACCAACCCUGAACAAUGGCGACAUGUUAGCUCUGAAAAUAACCCAGCCGACUACGCCUCAAGGGGGCUGAGCGCAGUUCAGCUCAAAGAGUCUAACUGGCUAAAAGGACCUGACUUUCUUUUCCAGCUGAACCUUCCAUGUGAAGAGAAGGUGAGAGCAGUGGAAACAGACGAUCCUGAACUUCGCAAAGUUCAUGUUCACACAGUCAAAACUAAGGAAGAAAAUUCACUGUUGAACCGCUUCUCUAAGUUUUCUGACUGGUCCAGGACAGUGAGAGCUGUCGCAAGACUCAAGAGAUUUGUCAGAGAAUCCAGGAGACUUCAGCCAAGAACUAAUGAAGCAACUAACCUUGCAGAAAGAAGAGAAGCAGAAAUCUUUAUUAUCAAGCUGGUGCAAGAAGAGGCCUUCACCGAAGAAAUUAAAACAGUUCAGCUUCAAAAGGGAAGCACCUUGAACAAGCACAACAAGCUACACCUGUUGAAUGCCUUCCUGGACAAGAACAAUGUUCUUAGGGUGGGAGGACGGCUAUCUCAAUCAGCCUUACAUCAUGACAUAAAACAUCCUGCAAUACUUCCGAAGAAAGCUCAUGUGUCCGCCUUGCUCGUCAAACAUCAUCAUGAGCGUGUACAUCACCAAGGAAGAGGCAUGACAAUGAAUGAGGUACGUGCGAAUGGAAUAUGGAUCCUGGGAUGUGGAAAUGUAGUUUCAUCACACAUCUACAAGUGUGUAAAAUGUAGGAAAUACAGAAGAACCACAGAGACUCAACAAAUGGCCGAUCUGCCAGAGGACAGAACCGAGACAUCCACUCCGUUUACUUACUGCGGUAUAGAUUGUUUUGGUCCCUUUAUUGUGAAGGAAGGAAGAAAGGAGGUAAAACGAUAUGGAUUGUUGUUUACCUGCCUAUGCUCCAGAGCGGUGCAUAUAGAGACGCUAGACGAUUUGACGACAGAUGCCUUCAUGAAUGCACUUCGAACAAUGGUAGCAAUCAGAGGACCUGUGCGCCAAUUACGAUGCGACCAAGGAACAAACUUCAUUGGUGCCAAGAGGGAGUUUUCUGAGUUGCUCAAAGGAAUGGAUCAGGAACGUCAACGAGCAAUUGGUUGCGAAUUUGUAAUGAAUGUUCCUUCAGCAAGCCAUAUGGGAGGAGUCUGGGAACGCCAAAUCAGAACGAUUCGAAGCAUUCUGACAGUCAUGUUAGACAAGUCUGCAAGCAGACUAGACACCACAACUCUGAGAACAUUCCUUUACGAAACAAUGGCAAUAAUUAACAGCAGGCCGUUAAGUGUUGAACACCUCCACGAUCUUACUGGUCCAGAGCCUCUCACUCCCAACCACAUAAUAACCAUGAAGUCAUCAGUUAUUCUGCCCCCUCCUGGAGAGUUCUGUAAAGAAGACCUCUAUCUGCGCAAGAGAUGGAGAAGAGUGCAGUUCUUAGCCAAUGAGUUCUGGCGAAGAUGGAAACGAGAAUACCUGCUAAACCUCCAACAGCGGCAGAAAUGGCCAAAGGCAUCACAAAAUUCACAAGUAGAUGACAUUGUCAUUCUGCGAGACGACAACCUACCAAGAAAUGAGUGGAAGCUCGCCAGAGUUGUAGAAACUCACCCUGGAACAGACGGCUUGGUGCGAAAGCUAAAGUUACUAGUCAGUAACACUACACUUGAUAAAGGAAAACCACACACUAGACUAGUCUACCUCGAAAGACCUAUUCAUAAGGUAGUCACUUUACUUCAGGCCACUUAAGUCCCAUACAUGAGAGUAUAGUCAUACACACUGAAAACACUUGACUGUUUCUUUGCAUUUUGUUUGAACGAAAUCCCACAUUUGAGUUAAUGAGUGAUUUGGUGGGAGUGUAAAUGACGUAACGAAGUUGCCUU